AUGUUUGUACCAUCGCGUGGUUUAAGUAGAAUUCUUUCGCCCAAGCGUACCUUCCGUCGAUCAGAAUAUGUCUUUGCAUACGGAAAAUAUGACAAUUUCGAUGCGAAUCAAGCUGAAAUUAUAUGCUGGCAUCGACAGGUAACACACGCGGUCUAUUUAAGACGAAAUCUUCCGAUUGAUAUUGUUACAACUAGAGGAGAUAAGCGUGCACUUGUCUUGGUUAAUCCAGCAGGUGGUUCGGGAAGAGCUUAUCGGAUGAUUAUGGAACAUGUUAUUGGCAUUUGGGCCGAAGCGGAAUUCAAUCAUCAACUACUUAUUACCGAAUAUGCUGGUCAUGCACGAGAUUUCGUACAAUCCUUAGAUUUGAAUGAAUGGAGUGGUAUUGUUGUAGCUUCCGGUGAUGGACUUCUUUAUGAAGUUAUUAAUGGUCUAUUCAGUAGAAACGAUUGGCAAGAUUCUUUGAAACUACCCAUCGGACAUCUACCAUGUGGUUCUGGUAACGCUUUUAUUACAAGCAUUGUUCGUCAUAGCAAACAACCAAUUGCUGAUAGCAUGUCGCAAUAUCUUAUUCAAUGUGCUGUACUGAUAGCCACACAUCAAGUGCUUCCGUUUGAUAUGGCUGUGAUUGAUACCUGUGAUGGACAACGUGUAUUUUCUUUGCUUAGUGUUGAAUGGGCUGUCAUUGCCGAUGUAGAUUGUGACAGUGAAAAAUAUCGUUUUCUUGGUGGAACUCGAUUUACGGUUGAAGCUAUCAAACGCAUUCUUCGACCUCGUGUUUACAAUGGUUAUAUCGAUUAUCUUCCAUAUGAAGUCACCGACGAUACCGUGCAAAGUGUUCAAAUAACACCAAACACGACCACUGCUCAACUUCAUCGUCAUCUUUUACCAUUAAAUGAACCUAUUCCAAUUGAUUCAUCCACAAGUAAAUGGCGACGUAUCGAUGGUCCGUUUGCCUAUGUUCUCGUAACAUCGAAAUCAGCUCUCUCAAAAGAUACUGUGUCGAGUCCGCAAUCGUCAUUAGCAGACGGCUAUCUGACAUUACAGUUUAUCCGUACACGUGAUUCUUCACGAAUGAAUUUAGCAAAAAUGUUCAUCGGCUUAGACGAUGGAACGCAUUUUGAUUAUGAUUUCGUUGAAUGGAUGCCUGUACGAGCUUUCCGAAUAGUACCAAGUGAAACCGACGGAAAUCUAAUGGUUGACGGUGAAAAAGUUCCCUAUGGUCCUCUUCAAGGUGAAGUGCUACCAAGCAUUGCUCGUUGUAUGGGUAAACAGCCAAGAAUCGAUUAA